AUGCCAACUGGCUGGGGUGCAGCCUCAGCACCUGUCCUGCCAUCAGCGCGCAUAAUACCACCGACUGAUGAGGGUUUGCGAUGCAAUCUAACCUUGCAAUCAGCUAGUGCCGCCCCUUCGGUUGUCAUGUUACAGAAUGCGAAUCCACUGGUGCCAUUCCCAACUUUGUCAACGUCACAACCACAACCGUCUGUCUGCUUUAGUCCGGGGACACCAAUGAUCGAAGAUAUACUUGUGAGGCAACAUCGAUCUGGGAGGUCAUCUAUAGCCCCGUCUUUAAUGGGACCUCGGUGGGACUGGGUGAAAUCAUCACUACGAUCGAGCGAACAUCCCCCCGGAGAAACAAGAAUUCCUGGUUUAAGCGUCAAAUUCGAGGGGCCACAAGAUUGCGAAGGAAGCGGUCAACGUGCAUUCGCAUCUCGCGCCUCAUAUCGCUGUCGAGCGUCUUCACCGGCUGCCGGAGGUGGAGUGUUAUUCCUGAACUUGGUCAACAUCAUGGUGCUGACAUGUCGUGCCAAAUAUCAAUUUCGGGAAGCCAUGGGUUCUUCCCAAACCGACGUUUCGGACGCGGCACAAGAGUUAUAUCGGGCAAGUGUUCCGCGAGCAUCAGAACAACGGUACAAAUGGUUCCACGGGCUGUGCAUCCCAUUCAUCUUUGAGCCAUUUGCAACGACUUCAGAAGAGACGAAUACAAUGAUUUCAGUCCAUUCACGUCCUCUGGAUACCGGCCCGGGUCCAUUCCAGUUCCAGCCCAAUCUCGACCCCUCCACGUUCCUUUCGCAACUCAAAUCAUCUACUUCUUCAGAGGGAACUGGCGCCUCGGAUGAAACCUCAAACCCCUCAAUCUCCGCAUUCGGAUUCCCUCUUCGACAUUACUGCACUCUGUCAUACCGUCUCCUGCUGUAUCCCCUCUUCAGCGGGACACCAACAGCCGACCAGCUUCAGCCCGCCCAGCCAGGCACGGAUCGAGUCAAUCACAAGCUGCUAGAAGGGUUGUCAGUCGUGCUGCUAAGGAAUCAGAAAACAUCCCACGGCCUCCCGAUUGCCUUUUGCUAUAUCGGAGUUGGGCAAGGCCGCGAAACAACCUGUACGGAAGGGGGACCCUCAAAAGAAGAACUAGCAACAGCUCAGGCUCGACGACUCAAGGAGGAAUGUAUGAGACAGAGACGAUAUCCCGGAUACAAAUCUGCACGGCGUUCACGAAAGGACAGGGAUAAUGGAAGCUCCGCUAAUAGCUCUGACUCUGAGACGGCACCUGAGGAGACUGCCUCGGCUGUUAAAGAGGCCAACGAAAUUAUCGCCCAACAUAACACUUCGACCGGGUCGGCCUCCUCUAGCAAACGUGUUGUCAACGGAGGAAUUGACAUCCCAAGAACGCUCCUGCUCCGUUGCCAGCAGAACACCACUACCAGUGCAGGGGAGUUUGUCUCCGUAUCCACCUCCUGCUACUCGCGCUCGGGGAGCAGCACCAACUCCGCUAUUUGA